AUGCUAAAGUCUCAAAAGUCAGAGGGUGCUUCUGAUUCGUGUAAUAAUGUAAGUGACAAGGCAAAAAUUCAAGUAUUAAAGAAAGCCGUGUUCGAAUUAAGAGAGUAAAAGGAAUAAUUAGAAAUUUCCAAUCAAUCCUUAUCGAUUGAAUUAGCUAAGGUACUUAAGGAAAAGGAUCAAAAUGAACAAUCUUACGUUGAACUAGUAGAGGAAUUAAAGCAAAGAAUUUCUAUUUUGGAAGGGAAUAUAGAAACAACUCCUGUUAGAAUAUAAUCUUAGAGCAAUUUUUCUGCUUAAAUAGUUAAAGCAGAAGGAACAACAGAUUAACAAUUACAAAGCAUGAUAAAAUUGAAUAAGCAAUUAUAAUAAGAAAUAAAAAUAUUGUAAAAUAACUUCUAGGCAUAAUCCUGUAUUUUAUAACAUGAGUAAAACAAUUUAUAAAAAGAAUUGAGUAAUAAAGAAUCUGUAUUGGGUAAACUCAGCAAAGAGUUGGAAGAGGCAAACAUUCUGAAUAGAUAGCUAAAAAAAAACAUUCAUGAUAUUGAAGAAGAUUUAUACAAUAAAAUAAUUGAACAAUCAUAAAUUAAUACGGAGUUGAAGAUUAAAAUCCAGAAUCUGGAAUAAGGCUUAUUGCAGAAAGAAAGUGAAAUAUAGAAUUAAGAAAAUAUCAUUGAAUAAUAUAAGCUAAGUAUCUAAGAAUUGGAAGAGAUAAGAGGGAAAUUUCUACAGCACAGAUUGAUAUUAAAAAAUUAAUUGCUUGAGAUCAAUUGUGCUUUUAUUCUUCGAUAAAAUAUUUACAAUGACUAUAUUUUAGAAUUGGAAACACCAGCAAAAAGGUUCAUCUAUAAGGCGAAUGAGAUUACUGAUCUUCAAGUUAAAGAUGAUAAGCAUUUCAUUUUGACUCUGUCUAAAAGAUAAGAGACAUUCAAAUUGCAAUAAGGAUAAGAUAUAAGGAACAUUUGUAAAUCUAUCAAAUCAUUUUUAAUUAAAUCUCAAAUUCAAUUAUCAAACAUUUAAAUAAAAUGA